GGGAAGCAGUUCAACAAGACAGUGGCUGGCAAGCACAACAGCUACCUACCACUCCCCCAGGGCUCUGUUUGCCUCUUGAACAAGCACUUCACUGCUGCCAACCUGUGUGAUGACCAACAUCUCUCA